UCGCCCCCGUCUCAGCGGAGCCGUCGGGGCCCCGGGAACGGCCCGCGGAGCGCGGCGGGGAGCGGGCCCCCUCCCCCUUCGCCUGCCGUCCCCGAGCGGAGGAUGAGGAGCCCCCACCGCCGAUCAAUAGAAAUAUGCAUUUCCAUAAUACCACCUUUGAACUAAUGAAGUGGAAGUACAGAUGAAAACAGUCUGGAGGAAGCUUGAAGUGCAGCACAGUUUUAUUCAGUUUCCUAAUUCAGAGGAAACAAAGGUGGAAAAGCUACAGGAGCAUCCUUGCAGUCAAGCACCGAAUCUCAUUAGACUUCACCAAACAGACUGAGCUUAGCAUUUGUCGAGCAGAAGGGCUGGUCGCCCUGCACAGGAAGGAUUAAAAGUGAACAAUGACUCGAUUGAGAGUUCAUGAGCAAUUGCUUGGAGCCUAUCUGCUUAUCAUUCUUCAUGUUCAAGGUCAAAAGCUAGACAGCAUGCUUCAUGGUACAGGAAUGAAGACAAAUUCUGACCAAAAGAAACAAGCAAAUGGAGUAACACUUGCUCCAGAGGACACCUUACCUUUUCUUAAAUGCUACUGCUCAGGACAUUGUCCAGAUGAUGCUAUUAACAACACAUGCAUAACUAAUGGGCAUUGCUUUGCUAUCAUCGAGGAGGAUGAACAUGGAGAACCCACACUUGCUUCUGGCUGCAUGAAGUAUGAAGGUUCAGACUUCCAGUGCAAGGACUCACCUAAAGCGCAGUUACGUCGAACAAUUGAAUGCUGUCGUACUGAUUUCUGCAAUCAGGAUUUGCAGCCGACAUUACCGCCUCUUGAUAGUACAGAUGGACUUUUUGAUGGCAGCAUUCGUUGGAUGGCAGUGUUGAUUUCUAUGGCAGUCUGCAUAAUUGUCAUGGUCAUCUUACUUAGCUGCUUUUGUUACAAGCAUUACUGUAAGUCGAUGGCAAAGAGGCACUGUUAUAAUCGUGACCUGGAACAAGAUGAAGCAUUUAUUCCAGCUGGGGAGUCAUUAAAAGACCUUAUUGACCAGUCACAGAGUUCUGGGAGUGGAUCAGGACUACCACUGUUGGUUCAGCGCACUAUUGCCAAACAAAUUCAGAUGGUGAGGCAGGUUGGAAAAGGGCGAUAUGGUGAAGUGUGGAUGGGCAAAUGGAGGGGUGAAAAAGUGGCAGUGAAAGUGUUUUUUACCACAGAAGAAGCCAGCUGGUUCCGAGAAACAGAGAUUUACCAAACUGUUCUCAUGCGACAUGAAAACAUCCUCGGUUUCAUAGCAGCAGAUAUUAAAGGCACUGGCUCCUGGACACAGCUUUACUUGAUCACAGAUUAUCAUGAAAAUGGAUCACUGUAUGAUUUUCUGAAGUGCACUACGCUGGACAACAGGGCUCUGCUCAAACUGGCCUAUUCUGCUGCAUGUGGCCUGUGCCACCUGCACACGGAAAUCUAUGGGACACAAGGCAAGCCUGCGAUUGCACACAGGGACCUGAAGAGUAAAAACAUCUUGAUAAAGAAAAAUGGAACCUGCUGCAUUGCAGACUUGGGUCUUGCAGUCAAGUUUAACAGUGACACAAAUGAAGUUGACGUUCCCUUGAACACUAGAGUGGGAACAAAACGUUACAUGGCUCCAGAAGUCCUGGAUGAAAGCCUGAAUAAAAACCAUUUCCAGCCAUACAUCAUGGCUGACAUCUACAGUUUUGGGCUGAUCAUCUGGGAGAUGGCUCGGCGCUGUGUCACAGGAGGUAUUGUUGAAGAGUAUCAGUUGCCAUAUUAUGACAUGGUGCCAAAUGAUCCAUCCUAUGAGGACAUGAGAGAAGUGGUGUGUGUCAAACGCCUGCGCCCAGUGGUAUCAAACAGAUGGAACAGUGAUGAAUGUUUAAGAGCAAUAUUGAAGUUGAUGUCUGAGUGCUGGGCUCAUAAUCCUGCCUCAAGGCUCACUGCCUUGAGGAUCAAGAAGACACUUGCCAAGAUGGUGGAAUCGCAAGAUGUAAAGAUUUGACAUAGGAAAUUGACUUUGGAGAGCAAAGCUGGACUCCCUUGAUCUUUUCACUCAAAUGUGGGUGAGGAAGAUAAAAACAGAGAAGAGGAAAUAACUGAGAUUCAGUAUAUUUUCUCAGCACACUUCCACAGGCUGCUAAUGAAAUCUUUCAGUACUUCAUAGACGAUGAUACUGAGAGCCUCUAUACACUACGUGCUACAUAUAUGGACAGCCUUGAGACAAUACACAUUUUGUUUUGGUUUGAGCUGCAUUGAGACUUCAAUCAUAUUUAGUGAGUCUCCAGUAAAACUCUGGGUACUGAAUUGAAUGUUCAGAUUACAGUGCUUUCUGUGAAAGCCUAACAAGCUAUAUGGAUUCAACAGAGAUGGAGAAUAUAAGCUUUUUUUUUUUUUUUUUUUUUCCUUCUACCUGAUAAAACCUAGUCAAUCCAUACCAAGUUUUUGUGAAACAGCCUGUAGGUUAUAAAUCUGUUUGUGAUACUACUCAGUUUAACAGUUCUUUUUGCCUUUAUGUGUGUGCCAGGAUAGUUUUGCUGUCAUUUGGAUUAUAUAAGAAACCAUUUAAAUGAACAAAGUUUUAUGGUCAGGGCUCUGUGCAUUUUGUGGCUCACAAUUAGAGAUUUGCUACAGAAUCUUUUGCCAUUACAUUAUCUUCAGAAAUCACAGUUUGAAUUUUGUUUUCUGUUUUUUAUUUGAUCACAAGGAGAACUGCAAAAAUGUGAACCGUUAAUCAAGGAAUGCCCACCUAAAUCUGUAAGGAGCUUGAAGCAAUCUUUUCUGGAGAUGUAGGCUGCCUUGGUCAUCUCACUUGCAGUCUAGAGAGAGUUCCAUAAUUGGAUCCUUGAAAUUUGUCAUAUUUUUUCACAGUGCCACGUGCAACCAGCAUUUUUGCCAUAGAAUACUUUACAUCUUAGCAGAAAGACCAAUGAUGAUGUGUUUUGCCUUCCUGCUGUAUUGGAACUCAUUGAUAGGUGUCUGUCAUGCUCUGAGCUUCUUCCCAUGAAGGGAGGGAUUUGUCAGCUGUAGCAAUGUGCUCUUUCAUCAUUUGACCAAGCUAGGCAGAAGGUGAGUUUAGAAUGGCUUGAGAACAAGUCUGGUUUUCAGACAGAAAAGAGGGAAGGCAGGAAGCUCUGGGUGCUCUGAAGAUCAGAGAAUGCCAUAAAGGUCAAGACCAGGAGAAUUGAGUACAUGAACUGUUAAAGGUCAGAUCCACAGCAUGCAGAAGAUUUGGAGCUGGGUUGCUGUGAUGGAGACACAGGAGGCCACAUCUGUGGGCCACUUAGUGGAAGUGAAGAUUUGAGACAAGGUAAAUCAGUGGGUGUUGUACAUUCUAGUUAAGUUUGGGAGGAAUGGCAUUGAAAAUAAUUCAUGAACAUACAGUAAGUUAGCACAAUUGCGAAACUUGGUUUUAUUGUGCCAAUUCUUUCUCCAGGCAGCAACUGACAGAAUGAGAGGACACAGUCUUAAGCUGCUCCAAGGGAAAUAUAGGUUGGAU